UCAUCAUUAUCCAUAAACAAAAACAAGAAAAAAAAAAGGAGAUGAGCAGGUGGGUGAAAAUUCAGUAGUACUCGCUUCUAAUCAACAUCUACUUCCACGAAAACAAGCAAUUCCAUCAAACGUGAAAGCAAGUUUUCCUUUAAUAUUUUGAUUCUCACUCUUAAGCAAAAUAUCUCGACACCUACCACAAAACAGACAUUCUUUAUACUUACAUCCCCUCUUCUGUCUGAUCCUCAACCCAUUUCUUGUCUCGAUCCAUCCGUUGAUUUUUUCAGGAAGCUAGCUACACUUGGUUUCAUUUUGCAUGUGGUGAAUAAUGGAUACGAAGUCUUUGAAGCUUCUCAGAAGUGUUUGCAUACUUUCUUUCCUCCUCGGCUCUUGCUUUCUCUAUCAAAGCCUUCAUGUUGUUGUUGCUGCUCAAGAACAACAAGAUACACAACCAUCCGUGACUUUGCAAGUUAAUGCUUCUAAUGUAGCUGGACGACUCAUUCCUGAUACUCUCUUUGGCAUUUUCUUCGAGGAGAUAAACCAUGCUGGUGCUGGUGGAUUAUGGGCUGAACUUGUUAGCAACAGAGGGUUUGAAGCUGGUGGGCAGAACACACCGUCUAACAUAUGGCCUUGGUCCAUUGUUGGUGAUCAGUCAUCUAUAUAUGUAGUUACGGACCGUUCAUCACCCUUUGAACGUAACAAAAUCGCUUUGAGAAUGGAUGUGAUCUGUGAUAGCAGUGGUUGUCCCUCAGGUGGUGUUGGAGUCUAUAACCCUGGUUACUGGGGCAUGAAUAUUGAAGAAGGAAAGAAGUAUAAGGUGGCGUUUUAUGUGCGUUCGAGUGAUGAUAUUGAUCUGUCUGUGUCGUUGACAAGCUCUGAUGGAACGUUGACUCUUGCUUCUGAAAAGUUCAUAGCGUCUACUUCUGAUGUUUCGAAGUGGACUAAGAAGGAGGUUAUGCUGGAGGCGAAAGGGACAGAUCAUGCUGCAAGGCUUCAGUUAACAACAACCAAGAAAGGGUCAUUAUGGAUUGACCAAGUCUCUGCCAUGCCGGUUGAUACUUACAAGGGACAUGGCUUUAGAAACGAUCUUUACCAAAUGAUGGCUGAUAUAAAACCUCGCUUCAUCCGUUUCCCAGGUGGUUGUUUUGUUGAGGGUGAAUGGUUAAGUAAUGCAUUCCGCUGGAAAGAAACGGUUGGUCCUUGGGAAGAGAGACCAGGACACUUUGGUGAUGUUUGGAAGUAUUGGACUGAUGAUGGCCUUGGCCACUUUGAGUUCUUUCAAUUGGCAGAAGACAUUGGAGCAGCCCCAAUAUGGGUGUUUAACAACGGGAUCAGUCACAAUGAUGAAGUUGAAACUGCCAGUAUCAUGCCCUUUGUCCAGGAAGCACUUGAUGGUAUAGAGUUUGCUAGGGGAGACGCUAACUCUACAUGGGGGUCGGUUCGAGCUUCAAUGGGACGCCAGGAGCCUUUUGAACUGAAGUAUGUUGCUAUUGGGAAUGAGGAUUGUGGAAAGACUUACUACAGAGGGAACUAUAUUGUGUUCUAUGAUGCUAUCAAAAAGGCUUAUCCAGAUAUCAAAAUCAUCUCCAAUUGUGAUGGAUCAUCUAGUCCUCUUGACCAUCCUGCUGAUUACUAUGAUUUUCAUAUAUACACUUCUGCUAGCAGUUUGUUUUCAAUGUAUCAUCAGUUUGACGGAACUUCACGCAAGGGUCCAAAGGCUUUUGUCAGUGAAUAUGCUGUGACUGGAAAAGAUGCUGGUACAGGAAGCCUUCUCGCCGCUCUUGCUGAAGCUGCGUUUCUCAUUGGUCUUGAAAAAAACAGUGACAUUGUGGAAAUGGCGAGCUAUGCACCGCUCUUUGUGAACACAAACGAUAGACGGUGGAACCCUGAUGCAAUAGUCUUUAAUUCAUCUCAUUUAUAUGGGACUCCUAGCUAUUGGGUCCAACGGUUCUUUGCGGAGUCAAGCGGAUCAACUCUUCUCAGUUCGGAACUCAAGGGAAACUCCUCUUCUCUUGUAGCAUCUGUGAUCUCAUGGAAAAACAGUAGCCAAGAUUACAUACGCAUAAAGGCUGUAAACUUUGGAGAUAACUCAGUGAACCUGAAGGUGUUGGUCACUGGAUUGGAUCCGAACGUGAUGAAAGUUUCAGGAUCAAAAAGGACAGUACUCACAUCUACAAAUGUGAUGGAUGAAAACUCCUUCACACAGCCAGAGAAGGUUGUGCCACAAGAAAGCUUGCUAGAGAUGGCUGAGGAGGAUCUUACCGUUGUUCUCCCGCCACACUCGUUCUCUUCAUUUGAUUUGUUGAAGGAAUCUGCAAAGAUUAGAAAGCCAGUUUCUGAUUCUUCCUAUCAGAAAACCUCAACUAUGUGAUGAGACACGAUUGAUGAUGACAAGGAGUAUUAGAAAACUUCAUGUUUAAAGGUCUCUUGUGGUUAAAGAUACUUAUAUUACGUAUGCGUACCCAUGUGUAUAAAGGGAUAAAAUAGUUUGCUCAAUAAAAUCUUACUUUCUUUAA